GCAGAUGGCCUCGAUUUCGAGUUAACGCCACUGGUCUAUGACGUCACAUAAAAUCGAUCAGUUGAUAAUCAAGAUGGCCACCGCUUGGACGUUUCUGCUUGUUCUUAUUGCAAUUUCUUUUCGUUAUUGUAACGCAAAUUCCUAUCCUGUUCCACUUCUGAUUUGGUCAACUAAAAGCGUGGAUGUUGAUGAUGAAAUUUUGGAAGGGCAUACCCUAAAUUAUGAAGAUGUUCAAGUUAAAUAUCUGGAUAAAUUGAAGGAGCAGUCAAAGACGAUUUGUCUUUUCGUGCAAGAUAAAUUAAGUAUCGACGAUUUUGCUGCUACUCCAAGUGUAGAUCUGAAGCAUUUGAAGGAUGUUUUACAUUCAUCACCUACAUCCAUAGUGUUACCUUCAGUCUCUUUGAAGCAAGAUUUUAGUGAGAAAGGGAAAAACAAAUUAGUUGAAUAUUUAAAGAAGAAUUCACACGGGGCAGUUAUACCUCUAACUGCUCAAGAUAUUACAGAUUUCCCAAAAAAGAUCAAAUCAUUGCCAACAGAUGAACCAACAGUGAUUAUAGUACAUCUUCCCAAGGCAGCAAAUGGAGAGAAUUCAAUGCGUAAUCUUCAGCCUAGUGAUGAAAUUAUUGGUCAGGUGUCAGAUAUCUUAUCUGGUCAUUUUCCUGAUUACAUUGCUUUGCUCACCGCCGAUAUGCCACGUGAUGAUAUUCGAAGCGGAAUGGCAGAUGCACGUCAGGUGUCAGUGGCUCAUACCCGAGAACGUCGCUCUUCUGCAGAUGAUUCGAAAGAUGAUUCAAAUAUGAAGGUCCCCUGCAAUUACACCGGAGUGUUGGUGAAUGGGAACGGUACUUUGUUGUACAUAAAGAGUAUUUUCCUUUCUUGGGGAAAAAAUUCCAAUGAUUCCUUUGAGAACACCAGCAGUAAAGUUAUUUCUCCCACUAUUAGUAAUGGUCAGAGAUUAUCAUUUAAUCUUGGUAAAGAUGUUUUUAAAAAAAGCGAUGUAAUUAUGAGCGUAAAUUUCAACAAAACUGGAGUGCGUUGGUGGUGUGGCUCUAUUGAAAUAAAUGGUACAGCAGAUGGAGAAGCCUUCAAUGCCUCGUAUGAUUGCUCAAAUAUUUGGGCACCCUUUGACAGGUCGUUCGCAUGUCAGCUGUGGCUAAAUUAUAGCGAUGGAUCUUUUGAAAAUUACUUGAAUUUGUCCGCUAUUCAGUUACAACCAUCUGGAUCGAAAAACUAUACAUUUUAUAAUUCCGUGGACUGCGUUGGAUUUUUUACUCCAGUAAUAUGGAUGGGUCUCAUUUCAGUCGGUGUACUGGUCGCCAUUUUAUAUGGAGGAAUGUUGGCGCUUCUCAGCAUCAAGUCUAUGGAUCGAUUUGACAAUCCUAAAGAUCCUUCUGUUGUCAUAAAUAGUGAAUAGCUUACAAUGCCUACAUAGGGCAUGAACGAUCAGGAAUAACGAAAUUAUAAAUGAUUGCAAUCAUGCGUAUGCGAAAUGGGACGUUUUUUUUUACCUAUUGCAUGCUGUCUUUGUUGGUUAGUAUAGAGAAUAUUGGUUAAUUUUUGCUGCAUGAAAAUCAUUAUUAUUAUUAAGAUUAUUCGUCAAUCUUAA